AUGGGGCGGCAUGGCAGGAAGAAGCGCAAGGGAGGGGGCGAAUGGGCGAGAGGCGCGGGGGAGGCGGAGGGCGGACGAGGUGGCGGAAGAGGCGAAUGGGGAAGGGGGGUGGGGGGUGAAGCAGGGGAGGGGGCGGGGGUUGGGGGAGGGGCAGAAUGGGGGAGCGGCCUGGGGGGAGGUGCGUGGGGGAGGAGUGAAGGAGUUGGGGGAAGAGGGGGAGGUUGGGGUAGAGAAGAAGGAUGGAGAGGGGAGGGCGUGGAGGGAAAGGGGAGAGGUGGCAGGUGGGAGCAUGGUGGCCGGGGCUGGGCGGGAGGCGGAAGGAGAGGCGGAGGUCGAGGAAAGGGAGGGGGCGGAGGGAGGAGCAGCAGUUUUGCUGCUGGCGGGGCUGCUGGUGGUGGUGGUACCACUAGUGGCGGUGGGGAGGACAAGGCAGAGAUCACGUGCCUUCCUCUCGGUCAGUCCCCCAGUGGCCGCAGCAAGCCAGCCUUCACUUUCCCUUUGCACUCUUCUCACCUCUCCACCACAGCCGUUUUUCUCUGCUUUGCCUACUCCUCCCCUCAGCCACUGCUGCAGCACCAUUCUUCCUGGUGCCAUUCCCCCUUGUGUUGCGUGUGCGUGUGCCUCCACAUUGUGCCACCAGGAGCGGGGCAGGAUGUGGGAAAGAGCUGUGUGGUGGUGCGGGUGGGAGGCAGAGUGGUCAUGUUCGACUGUGGCAUGCACAUGGGGUACCAGGACAGCCGCCGCUUCCCCGCCUUCCCCCGCCUGCGCGCCUUCAGCCACGGGCAGCAGUCUCAGGGGCAGAGGCAUGGAGAAGAGCAUGUGGUGGACUACACGGGUAUCAUUGACUGCGUCAUCAUCACCCACUUUCAUCUGGACCACAGUGGCGCACUGCCCUACUUCACGCAAGUCUGCGGCUACCAGGGCCCCGUCUACAUGACUUACCCCACCAAGGCGCUCGCUCCUCUGAUGCUGGAGGACUAUCGGCGCGUGGCGGUGGAGAGGAGGGGCGAGGGUGAGGAGGGGCUCUUCUCCAGUGCUGAUAUUACUGCGGCCGUGGGGCGAGCGAUCCCGGUGGACAUCCAUCAGAGCAUUCAGGUCAACGAGCACAUCACCAUCACCCCCUACUAUGCCGGCCAUGUGCUAGGAGCAGCUAUGUUUCACGUGCAAGCGAGCAACGGGGCGUCUGUUCUCUACACAGGUGAGAUCAUGGAUGGCAUUGUCAUGGCAUCCUGCUGUGAUUUCAACAUGGCACCUGACAGGCACCUGGGAGCAGCACGGGUGGAUCCGCGCCUUCGACCCGACCUCAUGAUCUCCGAGUCUACCUACGCCACCACCAUCCGCGAGUCCCGGCGCAGCAGAGAAGCGGAGUUCCUCUCGCGCGUGCAUGCAUGCAUGGCAGCGGGGGGCAAGGUGCUGAUUCCCGUGUUUGCCAUGGGGCGCGCACAGGAGCUGUGUGUGUUGCUGGACGAGUACUGGCACCGGAUGGGGCUUGAUGUGCCUAUUUACUUGAGUGCAGGCCUCACCUCCCAGGCCACGGUGUUCUACAAGACUCUGCUGACGUGGACCAAUCAGCACAUCCAGUCAGCCCACGCCAACCGCAACAUCUUUGACUUCCGCCAUGUGCGGCCAUUCGACCGAGCGCUCCUGGACGCGCCAUCGCCCAUGGUUUUGUUCGCAACGCCAGGCAUGCUCUCAGGGGGUCUCUCCCUUCAAGCCUUCAAGGCCUGGGCGCCCCACCCCCGCAACCUGCUCGUGCUGCCCGGGAUUUGUCUGCCGUUGCAGAAGUGGAAACAUCUGACCUUCUUCGCUCCUCCUUUUCUCCCUUGUGCUGCCUUUUCUCCCCUUCUGCAUGCCCAUUUCACUUUCUCAACUCUUCUCACCCUCUUGCUCCUCUCUCCCUCCCUCCUGCCGUCCAUGGGUCACCCUCUCCCGCCCAGGUUCUGCAUGGCCGGCACGGUGGGCGGCAAGAUUAUGGCCAUGGCCUCCGCCAAUGCCGCUGCUGCUGGCGGUGGGGCAAGCAUUUGCAUUACCGGGAGCACACCCAAGAUUUUUAAACCUGUCCCCAAAAUAAUCCCUUCUUUCUGGCAGGUGCAUGUGCUCUCUUUCUCCCCACACACCGAUGCCAAGGGCAUUACUGAUCUUAUCCGCCACCUGGCGCCGCGCCACGUCAUCCUGGUGCAUGGCGAGCGUGCCAAGAUGGCGCAGCUACGGGACAAAAUUGCCGACCAGAUGGGCCCGCCAGCAUUCCCGACACGCUGGCUGCGCGCCAUGUAUUCGCGUUUAGCCUGCAGAGCAGCACGCAGGCGAGGGUUGCCGCUCGUCGACACAAUUUUUAGGGUUUCGUCUCCUCCCAGCCUUGUCGAUAGCAUCUCCGCCUCCUGCCAUCCACAACCGCCGCAAAUCGCGGCGAAUCUAGCCGGAUCUUCCUGGUUCGGCGCGCAGCGGUGGUAUUCGUCGGAUCGCGGCGGCGAUGGCGGCGGUCGCGAGGAGAAUGACGUGGUAAUCAUUGGCGGCGGACCCGGCGGGUACGCGGCGGCGAUCCGCGCGGCGCAAGUGGGGCUGAAGGUGACGUGCGUUGAGAAGCGCGGGCGGCUCGGAGGCACGUGCUUCAACGUCGGAUGCAUCCCCUCUAAGUCCCUGCUGGAGUCCUCGCGCAAGUUCUACGAAGCGAAGCACUCUUUAGCGCAGCACGGCGUGCGGGUGGACGGCGUGUCGGUGGAUCUAGCGGCGAUGAUGGCGUUAAAAGCGGACGCCAUAGAAUCCCUCACCUCGGGCGUGGAGCGCAUGUUCGAGCAGCACCGCGUUAACUACGUCAAGGGCGCGGGGCGCAUCACAGGCACGCACGAGGUCACCGUGAGCCUGCUAGACGCGCACGGGCAGGUCGGGCAGGCGAAAAAAGUCCUCUCGGCGAAGAAUAUCAUCAUCGCCACGGGAUCAGACAUUCGGCAGGUGCCCGGGGUCCCGAUCGACGAGAAAAAAAUCGUAUCUUCAACCGGCGCGAUGUGCCUUGAGAAGGUUCCGGAAAAGAUGCUGGUGGUGGGCGGCGGGGUGAUUGGACUGGAAAUGGGGUCCGUAUGGAGUCGCCUGGGCGCGGACGUGACUAUACUGGAAUUCGCGGAUGGCAUUGGCGGGUACAUGGAUAACGAGAUCCGGCAGGCGUAUCACCGUAUUCUCGAAUCCCAAGGGCUGAAAUUCCUCCUGGGGACUAAGGUGGUGCGCGGGGACGCGUCGGGGGAAGGCGUGGUGCUGCAGGUGGCGCCGGCGAAAGGGGAGGGCGAGACGCGGGAGGUUUAUGCUGACGUGGUUAUGGUGGCGGCAGGGCGCGUGCCGUGCACGAACGGGCUAGGGUUAGACGAGGUGGGCGUGAAACGAGACAUGAACGGACGGAUAUUCGUGGACAGCCACUUCAGGAGCACUCGGCCUACUGUGUAUGCUAUAGGAGAUGUGAUUCCGGGUCCCAUGCUCGCGCAUAAGGCAGAGGAGGAUGCCAUUGCGUGCGUGGAGAAUAUUAUGAACGGGCACGGGCAGGUGAAUUAUGCGACGGUGCCCGGGAUUAUCUACACGCACCCGGAAGUGGCGAUGCUGGGUAUGACAGAAGAGGAGCUGCAGGCGACGGGGAUGGAGUAUACCGUGGGUAAAUUCCCCUUUAAAGCGAACAGCCGGGCGCGGGCGAUGGGAGAGGUGGAGGGGUUUGUGAAGAUUCUAGCGGAUAAGGAGACGGAUCUGGUGCUAGGGGCGCAUAUACUGGGGCCGAGCGCGGGAGAGCUGAUCAUGGAGUGUGUUUUGGCCAUGGAGCAUGGUGCGACCACGCUGGAUCUGGCUCGCACGUGCCAUGCUCAUCCCACGCUCACGGAGGCUGUCAAGGAGGCUGCUCUGGCUGCACAUGGGAAGCCGAUUCACUCAUGA